AUGCAAAACCAUUGGGUUCAAAUUACAUGUUUAAUACUAUUGACAUUAUGGAUCAAAUAUAGAACAACAUCAUUCUUGACAUUGAUUGGUGGGGUAGUUUUUACCAUAAUUGGAUACAUAUAUAUUCUGAUCAGAUUUACAACCACAAAUAAUAUCAAUAAGAAACAAAAAUACUCCAGAUUCAAAUUUAGUCAACGAAAAAUAUGGGAAGUAGAAUUGAAGCAUUUUGAGCAAGAAAAGCAUGAACCAAAUAUUGAUACAAUUGCACCAACAAAUUCUGAAAAAUUGAUCAACCUUUUUGAUCUCAUAAUUGACGAAUUUAUAAAUUCCUGGUACCGCCAAAUCACCACAUCAGAUUUAUUUACGAAUGACAUCAAGAAUGAAUUAAUACAAAUUACAAACAAGACUGUAUCAAGAUUGAAGAAAAUUGACUUGGCAAAAUUAAUUGUUACAAAGUUAUUACCGAUUUUUAAUAAUCAAUUUAUUGAAUUUUCUAAAGUUAAGAAAUUUUCUAUCAACCAAAACAAUUUAGUUAAAGAUGAUGCGGAAUUAUUGGCUAGCUUCAGUGAUGGAAUUUUGCACGCAGGAGUAAGUAUGAUUGAUAGUGACAACCUGGAAAAAAAUUAUAAUGAAAAAAUAUACUUGAGAAAGCUAGUUGGGAAACUACUAUCAAUAUUGUUAUCAGAAAAGGAACAAUCAAAUGAAAUAAGUAAGAUCUUUUUGACUGAAAUAUUAGCAUGUACAGCUUUGGACAACGUAUUCAAUUUAUUGUCAGAAGGUGAUUUUUAUAAUCUAAUGAUUGUCAAAGUAAUUGGCGACAGUUUAAGACGAAGAGAUCAAGUAAAAGAAUUGAGAGCUGUUCUAGAGCAACACUCAUUGUCAAGUGGACUAGAUCAAUCUGCGAUGGAAAAGUUGGAUGAGCUUUUGGAUGAUGAUACCAAACCAAAUGAUACCGUGGUUUAUAGAGACGGAGCAGAAUUACUUGAGGCUAUACUAAAAUCACCUAUCAAACUAAAAGAGUUUAGUGACUUUUUAAAAUCCAGUAACAAAAUACAUCUACUUAAUUUUUGGCAAAUGAUCGAAGAAAUAAAAUCGCCGUUAGAUGAUGCUUCAGUAAACUCAAAUACGGCAGGUGAUGUGGAUAAGAUAAAAAGCACUUUUUUUGAUACAAACCUAAUACAAAUUGAUCCAGAAGACUUGAAAGAUCUAAAAGUUGAUAAAACCAGUAAAAUAGUGCUAUACAAAAUACAAUCUCAGGUAUUUGAUAAUUUAAAAUCAUACUAUCCCGAAUUUAUUGCAUCAAGAUAUAAUCAAACAAAAAAGGAUUCAAAAGAUGACGUAUUAGCGUCUAUUGAAAAUACAUUCACCAAUAUAAUGAAUAGUAAUUCAAACCAUCAGACGGAGAUAGGUUUGAAUGAAAAAAUUAAUAGCGAUAGAUACUCCAAACUAUUCGAAGAUGAUAUGUCAGAGGCAUCCGACGAAGAAGAUGGCGAAGAAGAAGAAGAAGAUACAUCAGAUACAGACGAAUCAUUUGUAGAAAAAGGAUCCGAAAGUGUUGAAUUUGCAGCUCCUGGUAAUCUUAAUUUGGCUGAAGAAAUUCCAAGAGUUGAACAAGAAAUUGAAAGAUUGAAACAACAAUUAACCUAUUUGGAACCUUUAUUGAAUAAAGCAGAAAUAACAAAUAACUCCUCAAAAUUUAAAGUGUUGCAGAAAUCUAAAAUUGGAGUUCAAAAAGACUUACAGUUGAAGGAAUUACAAUUACAGCAAUAUAUUAUACAAGAAAAUGAUAAUAGUUUAUUUGGAAAAUCAAGAGUGGCUAUUGAAUCAUUAGUUAAUGGUAGUGAAAAUGGUAAAGAAUUCAUAUUAUAUAUUAUUGAAGUUCAAAAAUUUUCAAGUGAAAAUCCAGAUAUUAUAAAAGCCGGUUGGGUAGUUGCAAGAAGAUAUAGCCAAUUUCAUAGAUUAAAUGGAUAUUUGAAAAGAAGAUAUCCACAGGUUUUAAAUUUGAACUUUCCCAAAAAAUCAAUCCUGGUUUUGAAAUUUCAACAAAAGAAUAUUAUUGAUAAUAGAAAAUAUCUUUUGGAAGUCUACUUGAGAAAUUUAGUUAAAAUACCAGAAGUUUGUUCAGAUAAAGCAUUUAGAUCAUUUUUGUCAUCAGAAAACUUUCAUUUGAGAAAAUUCAAAUACAAAUUCGAAGAUCACCAACCAAAAAGAAUCUCAACUUUUUUCAGUAAAAAUUGGUAUGGGCUUUCCAAUAAAUCAACUACUCAACAUCAAACUAACGAAGAACUAUUAGAAAAUAAAAGAAUAAUGGAAAAAGAACUACGACAAUUUGAUGAGAAUAAAAAUUCAAAUAGUUCAUCAACUGUAUCAUUAUCAAAUUUACAACCAACAAAACAAUCAUUUGUCAAACCUAUUUGUGACUUAUUAAUUACUGUUUUCAAUUUGCAUUGGUUGAAAGGUAGAGCAUUAGUUGUUAUAUUACAGCAAGUUUUCGGUACAGCAAUUGAAAAAAGAGUUUAUGAUUUUAUAUCAUCACAAACAGAUUCUUCAAAAAUUGAUGAAAUUUUAACUCUACUUACAAAUUUAUUAUUCCCCAAUGGAAAAUUUAAAGAUCCACCUGAAUUAAGAUCAAAUUUACAAAAAUUAAAAACUGCAAAUGAAGCAAAAUUAUUAUUUAAUAGAUAUAUGAAUGAAACUUAUUCAAAAUUAUUUGGUACUGAAAAUACAAUUUUUGCUUCAAACAUAUUAUUUAAUAUGAUUCAAAUUGAUCAAUUAAAUAAACAUUUGUUGUUUCAAGUUUUAGAUCAAAUUAUGAAUGAAAUUUGUAAAUAA